AUGACAGUGUACGAAUGCCGAUUUCAUAGGAAAAAAUACCCUGCAGAAGGAGAAAUUAUUAUCGGAAAAGUGGCUACUGUUGACAGCGAAGGUGUUAGUAUAGAUCUCUUGGAAUAUGGUGAUGCCUGUGGUUUUGUGCUUUUAAGUGAGCUAUCAAAAAAACGAGUAAAAAAUAUUUGUCAAAUUACCAAAGUAGGAAAUUUAGAAGUGUGUAUUGUACUCAGAGUAGAUGAUGAAAAAGGGUACAUUGAUUUGAGUCUUACACGAGUAAAUGAAGGCGAAAAGGAAGAGUGUAAAAAAACCUAUGCGAAAAAUAAAAUAGCUUAUAAUAUAAUGUUUAAAGCAGCUAAGAAACUUAAUAAAAGUGUCACAGAACUUUAUGAAAAUUUUGGUUUUGAUAAAUCGGAGGAGUUUGGAUCAUUAUACUAUUUCUUCGCUCGUGUUAAAGAAAAUGAAAGCAUUCUUGAAGAUAGCGAGCUAGGUCUUGUUAUUAAAAAACUAAUACAAGAUGAAUUUCAAGCAAGUUCAUAUAAAGUCAGAGCAGAUAUUGAAGUCACUUGUCCAUCUAAAGGAGGAAUAGAAGCUAUUAAGGAAGCACUUCUAAAGGCUGCUGGAAAGGACAGUAAAGUUAAUAUUUCACUGCUUAAAACGCCUACAUAUUCGAUCGUUAGGACUUCUUCUGAUAAAAAAAAAGCAUUUGACAUUGUACAGCAGGUAUGUGAGAAUAUUGAAACUGCUAUUACUGAACAAGGUGGUGCGAUAUCCAUUGUGAGUAAACCAAAGUUGUACGGUGAAAAUAGUAAAUAUUCUCUAUUAAAUUUAGCUGAAGAUUUACACGACACUAGUUCAUCAAAUUAA